UACUUGAGAUACAAAAAUUCCUCGUAGGUGCGUGUAUGUAAAGUGAAUAAGUUUGCUUUAUAUUAUUUGUGAAAGAAAUCUAGCGUAAAUUAUAUUUUGCUGUUACUAAACAAUAAGCAAUUAAUUAAUGUUGAGUUAAAGUUAAAUGUAUUUUUCCCUUGUUUAAAGAGCUCAAUUUAAUAAAGAUCUGCGUCUAUCGCAAAUAUGGCCGUCCUGUAAUGAAUCGGUCAGUGAUAUUAUAGUAAUUUCACAUAAUGCAAAAUUUGAAAAUGGAGCUUCGUGUCGGUAAUAAAUACCGACUGGGCCGUAAAAUCGGAUCAGGAUCAUUUGGAGACAUUUAUUUAGGAACAGAUAUAGUAACAAAAAAGGAAGUAGCUAUCAAAUUAGAAUGCAAAAAAACGAGACAUCCACAAUUACACAUAGAGAGUAAAUUUUAUAAACUUAUGCAAGGAGGCAUUGGUAUACCUGCAAUAAAGUGGUGUGGCUCAGAAGGAGACUACAAUGUAAUGGUAAUGGAACUACUGGGUCCUUCCUUGGAAGAUCUUUUCAACUUUUGUGCACGGCGUUUUUCCUUAAAGACUGUACUCUUUCUCGCUGAUCAGCUUAUCAGCCGCAUUGAGGAUAUUCAUUAUAGAAGCUUCAUACAUAGAGAUAUUAAACCGGACAACUUUUUAAUGGGUCUCGGAAAGAAAGGGAAUAUAGUAUACAUUAUAGAUUUUGGAUUAGCAAAGAAGUACAAAGACUCACGCACUAACCAACACAUACCCUACAGAGAAAAUAAAAACUUGACUGGCACAGCAAGAUAUGCAUCAAUUAACACUCACUUAGGCAUUGAACAAUCUCGACGCGAUGACUUGGAGUCUCUCGGAUAUGUCCUUAUGUAUUUCAACCGCGGUAGUUUGCCCUGGCAAGGUCUCAAAGCGGCAACAAAGCGUCAGAAGUACGAAAGGAUAUCGGAGAAAAAAUUAUCUACGCCAUUUGACGAGUUGUGCAAAAACCAUCCGACCGAGUUCCAGCUGUACCUGAAGUACUGCCGGCGACUGCGCUUCGAAGAGCGACCCGACUACGGCCACUUACGUCAACUUUUCCGCGCACUUUUCCACCGACAAAGAUUCACUUACGAUUUCGUUUACGACUGGAACAUGCUCAAGUUUGGACUCCCGCGUGUAUAUGUACAUCCAAUCGACCGCAAUCAGACAAGACGUCAGGAUCAAAAACAGGAACCAGUGAGCACGCCGACGGCGGGCGCGGCGAGCGCGGCGGGCGCGGGCGCGGGCGCGGCGGGCGCGGCGCCGGCGGGCGCGGUGGCGGCCGUGUCGGAGCGCCGGUGAGCACGCCGCUCGCCGCGGACUCGCCACCCGCGCCUCUCGCGACGGCGCGCACAGGCCGCGGCGCACACGCCGCUCUCACAGGAAUUGAAGCGAUCGAGUCCCCGAAUGCAUGUUCAGUGUUAAACUAAGGAUUAAUUUUGUACGCAUUCAUGUUAACGUUCAUAUAUUGUAAAUUAUUCUUAGACGAAUCGACUGGCAGGACUCGUUUCCGCGACGUCUCGUUCCGCGGUGACUCGUUUAAGCGUAGCUAGCUGUUAGGCCUAUCCGUACGUCUAUUGUACUUCAUGCUCAGUUAUAUUUAGAUGUAAGGAACUUUAAAUAUAUGAACGAGAGUAGCGUGUACGUCGUCGAUUCGACUUGUGUAUUAUAAAAGUGUAGCCCGAGAGAGUAGGUUCGGACGCUUCGCGCGGCGCACAUGCGAUGUGACAUGUGACUACACCGACGAAAGCAUUUAUUGAGAAAAUCUUGACUCUAAAGUGGUCUUAUCCGUUGCCUUGCAUCCCAUAAAUUAUGAAUAUUCUUAAAGCCAAUUCAAGAAGUGCUGUAUAGUAUUGCAACAAAAUAUUUUCAUUACUUUACUUAUAUUAUAGUCAAUCGGUUGUACGAUUUAAAAUUGCUACUCCUUAGUUAUCUUCUGUUUUAAGAUGGGAGUUCAUGUGCAAUAUGGUUAAUUUUCUUUAAAUUUUGUCUUCCAUUUUCUUAUUAACGAAUACUAAUAUAGUUUUCGAGUUUUCUAAAUUUAUGUUAACUUAAAUGAACCAUGUAAAUCAUUUGACACGUCCAGCCACUGCCAUAGGUUUAAAUUAGGUAAGUUUUUGGAAAAAACAGUCAUUUUCUGUUAGUUUCAUAGCGAAGUUUGCUUUUUUUAUUGUGGAAGACAAUGUUGUUUAGUACUCUUUAAUUGGCUGUAUUUUAGCUUAAACAGGAACACAUUCCUAAUUCAAACCUAUACAUCUUAACUAAAUAACUUUGAUCUCAUGUGAAUUACCAAAAUCUUUCACCUAUGUAACUUAUUUCGUAAACUGCAUGCAUAAUAUUAAGGGCAGAUUAUCUGACAAAUAUAAUUACAAUAUAAACAGAAUGUAUGACAAAUGUAUUGGAUUAAUAAUUACAUUUGUCGACAAUUAUUAUAUGACAAAUUGGUUAUCAUUAGAUUUGUAGUUGUUUGUAAGAUAUUCACCCUACAUACUUGCGUCGGUAAUUCCAAUAUCAUGUCAUAAUAUUUUAAACUAGAUCAAAACUGGAAGUCAAACCAAAAUGCUAUAUUACUCGAGGUGGAAUUAAAAUUAUUCUAUCUUUUGAUUUUAAGUACAAUGUUUGAUACGAAUUUGUAAUAAGAAAAAACAGCAUUAAAAUUACUAUUGAUACAAUACUUGAUCACUCUAUGUAAUUAUUUUAUUACUACAACUGUUCUAUUUAAACCAAAUACUUGAUUGAAAAUAAAAAUGUUUUAUCAAAUACAUUUAUACCAAGUUAGGUUCGUAUGUCAUAUUUUUUUUAAUAAUUUCUGACUGUUAUUUAUUGUAUUGCUAAAAUUUAAUCAUUUAUCACAUGUAUGUACAUAGCAAAUAAAUGAUUAGAUAAAUUAUAUACGGUAUUAUUGUCAGGAUCAUUUAAAAUUAAAAAGUAUAUAUAUAUAAUUUUAUAUAUUCGGCAUUAUUGUAUAAGUUUAAAAGACGGUGUUUGUAUAUUGAUGAUUUACAAAAUCUUUGCUUAAUAUAAUUAGUUAAUUUCAUGACGAUAUAAUAUAUAUAGCUUAGGUUUUUGUAUUAUAAAGCGAAAAUGUAAAGAAAAUAUAAUUUUCAUUUUUUAUUAAGAAAAUGUUGUACUGGCUUAAUCCCAAAUUGUGAUCUAUGACUUAACUUAUUCCAAACACACUACGAAUUGCCUUUACGCUUUUAUAAUCUGUGGCAAUAUGAUUGUGUAAUAGUAUAAGUCGACAGUUUUUCAGAUUGGAUGUGUGCGAAGAAUCAUUAGAUUAAAAUCAUCCAUCUCUAAUAUGACUGAGAAUUAGGUUCAAUUUUAUGUAAAUAUAAUAUUAAAAUUAGUAUUUCGUUAAAUGAUUGGAUUAACGGAGCAGGAUAAUAUGUCCUGUUUUUAAGCUAUUCCAUAAGGUUUUAGUUGUUUAAUAAAGUUCGCAUUGUAUUUAGUAAUUUGUUUGAAAAUAGCACAUCGAAAGAUUAAUUGUGUUGUGAAACAUAUUCUAGCGAGUUAUGUCGUCUUCUGUCGAUACUACGGAAUAUGUCUGCCACUUCUAACUUUGGUAAUUGUAAGUUUAGUCAUCAGUAUUUUUAGCAUUUUUUUUUUAUUCCGAGUUUCCUAACUUGCGUUCGAAUUUAAUUCACAUGAAAUAAUAAAAACUAUUUUUUUUCUAUAUAUGCAGCCAGGUGCCUAUUGUUCAGUAUUGGCAUGUUUAAGUGUGACCGCUAUAUUAAUAAUAAUGGAAGUUAGGAUGUUAUUAAUACCCAAAUAUAUUUUAAUGAUAUUGUUUACUAAUACUUAUAGACACGUUUAUUUUAGACAGGUUAAGAUUAAACAUCCCAUCGGGGGAAAAUGAUAUUUGUGCUGACGGCAUGGACUCUCAUUGGCGAUGAAGUCUCUUUGAGUUAAAGCUGGUCCAACCAACAGUCACGUGACGGGAGUGAUACAGCGGGCAUCUCGCGUGUUAGUGAGUGCGUGUGCUUGAUGUAGUGUGAAGUGCUGUACUGUGCAUUUCAGCGAACAAUUCGCGACGCGACAAGGUCAUGACUUUCACUGAGUGUCCGCUAUGGUAGACAAAAGACUAUUAUCGACUUAAUUUUGUAUAUAAUUAUUGUGACACUGAUGUCUAAGUAGUAAGGUACUUGGUUAAGUCAGGUACACUGUUUUUUUACAAUAUUCUAGAUAAAUAAAUAUUAUAUUAAUAUUACGUAACUGUUCUGUAAAUCUUAAUUGCUCCCGUUGUUUCCGUAGCUGAGCGUCGUGUACAGCUUUGUAUUGAUAACUCCUCGUAUGGUCUUAGACAUCAGUGAUCGGAGACUAUUGCAAAAGGAGGGAAUGAAUCAGUAGCCGUAGGAUAAGAGAAUUAGACAAUGAAAGCUUUUAAUGGAUUUAAUAAAUUCUAAAUUUAAGGGUAAGGGGAAGUGUUCCCUCCAUUUUGAAUAUAUUAUACUAAUAUGUGAAAUGUAAUACGUCUUGUAUCUCAAUGAUGUUUGAUUUACGUUAUGUGGUCGUGUUUCUUUACGCAAUCUGUAUAUGCUGGCCCAUGUAGCUUAGCAUAUUAAUAUGCUUUUAUUACAUAAAUUUAUUAUGCUUGCAUUGUUUUCUACGUCCAGUAUGUAUUGAUUCCUUUGGCACAAUAAACUGAAUAAAAUAAA